GCGGCGGGUACCUGGCGAACGGCUGGAGAACGCCUCGCGACGUCAGUCUGUGCUCUCCGUUUCCCGCUGGCUGCGUGAAUUUCCUCUCCUCUGACCGUGGAAUAAUCAAGUGUACGUGUACAUGUGUUCUUAGACGUCUCUCCUCGUGACUCUCUUCCCCUCUUCCUUCCUCCUGUCUUUUUAUUUUCAUUCUUUCUCCCAUACAGUCUCCCACGACCGGUCUACCUGGUCCUCGAACCCUGUACAUAUUCCUAUUUCCUUUCGUUUCUCGUCGUCUUCGUGGUAUCUUCUGGUUCCCUUCGGUUUUUCCGCCUGGUUUCCUCGUGGCCGCCCGUGUGUAAUCGGUGUGUAAGCGUUCUUAUCCGGGGUCCUGCUGGCUGGUCAGUGUCGAUUCGAUGUUCGGCUUGGGAAGCAGAAAGGUGCUCAAGUACUCGGCCAUCGACACGUCCCUCUCCAUAGACGUCGAGGACACCGUCACGUGCUUCUGCAGAAAAGCCCGACGAAAGGAGAAGGAUGCGGGGACCACAGAGGAUCCGAAAUUGUACCUCGAGGAGGCGGCCCUCGAAAGGCAACUGCCCGAGCUGGACCUGAGGAUGUUGGUCGACCUGCCGCCCGGCUUGGACUACAACGAGUGGCUGGCCUCUCAUACCCUCGCACUAUUCGAUCACAUCAACCUCGUUUACGGAACGAUAUCAGAGUUCUGUACCAUGACGGGCUGUCCCGACAUGACCGGUCCCGGUUUAAGAACGUAUCUGUGGUUCGACGAGAAGGGGAAGAAGACGAGAGUGGCAGCGCCACAAUAUAUAGAUUACGUUAUGACUUUUACACAACGCACCGUUAGCGACGAAACUAUAUUUCCUACGAAAUAUGCAAAUGAAUUUCCUAGCUCGUUCGAAUCGAUAGUGCGUAAGAUCCUGCGGCUACUGUACCACGUGGUGGCACACAUUUACCACUGCCACUUCAGAGAGGUAGCACUAUUGGGGUUGCACGCUCACCUCAAUUGUGUGUUCGCCCACCUCACGCUCCUUAAUCAACGCUUCAACCUUAUCGAUCCCAAGGAAACGGAGAUCUUAGGGGACUUAGAGGCUGCCCUCUUGGGCGACUCGACAUCGUCAUCUGCGCCUUCGCAAACAUUGCCCAUCCAGGAGACUCCGACCACAGCUACCUAGAUCGCGAUGCACAGAAAAGAGCCAGAGGUUGCAGUUCCUGAGACUAGGUGACGAUAGGCGUUUGUUUUCCUCCUUUUUUCUUUUCUCUCUAUUCUUCUUUCUUUGUUUUUCUUCUUUUUUUUUUUUUCAAAAAGAGAAAGAAAAAAAGCAUAGAAUAAAUUGCGAGCAACAGAGUUUAAUGAUGAUAAAAAAAACAACUACACGCAGGUGGAGCGAAACGCGCAGUUCUGUAAAAACCAGUAGUACCUGUACAUAGCGAAGUGUGAACAACUACAAUGAUGUAAUUAGGUUCCUCCGUUUGUUGUUUGUGAGAUUGUACAUAAUUUAUUAAACAGUAAGAUAUACGAAAGAGACGAAGGAUGAUUAUUGAUUAUUAUUGACAAAGUUAGUUGCUAUAAGAAAUAAUUUGUUCUGUAAAAAAAAAAAAACAAAAAAAAAACAACCAUAAUGAAACGAGACAAAGCGAAUG